GGGAAACGUCAGAAAUUAACUGGCAGAUCGCCAUCGGGUGAAUUCUACCUCAAAAUCACUCCGAAAGUCAUAAAAAAGGUGAGAUUGAUGAUCCCAUGGGUGCGAGAGCAGAUUGCGGAGGCCUGGCAUAGCAGAAAGAGCUCAAGGACAUCCGAAAGGGGGUCCUUGGCUCUUUCUACUCCUGGAAGUGAUAGCAAGAGUGAUAUACCAAUGUUUAUGGCCCCAUCAACAUCAUCGGAUACAUUCAACGUCAACGUCAUCAGCCUCGAAGGUGAAAUUCUGCAGAUACCGUCGAAGCCAUGGUACACGAUUGAUAAACUCAAAUUGCUCGCCACGAGGCACUUCUACGGGGUCGAACACACCCAUUCACCUUCUACUCUCCGUCUGGUCCGUCCACGUGACUCAAAGCCCCUUCUAGAUUCAAAACAGUUGCUUGAGGAGGAGAUAAAGCCUUCCGAUGAGCUCCUGCUGACGUUAAUUCGCCCUCCACCCUCGGAAGAUCAUCCCGAGGAGCUCCUCAAGGGGCCCAGCCUCGAGGCCAUAAACAAAGCGACUUCCCACCUGCCACCACCAGCCCCUCCAAGACCCUCACCAUCCACCGACUGUCCCGCCGAUUUCCAAACGGAAAUUCGAAAGAUCCUGAUAACCCUCGUCCAGGCGUCAGCGAAAAUUCUGAGUCAAUCGCCGGAGGCACCAAAGCUCUCGGAAAUAAUCCGAGAAAAAUUGCAGCAACGAUCACAACCACCGAACGAUCCAAAAACCGUUAAAUACCUGACAGACAUUGGAUUUCCAGAAGGGCAAGUCCUCAAGGCCCUGAAAAUCAAGAAGAUGAACACCUCCGAGGCCCUGGAUUGGUUGAUAGAUCAUCAAGACGAAGAGGACGACGAGGAAGAGGAUUUGGGGCUGCCUGCACCCGUGGAGAAUCCACCAGAGGGCUCACAUGAGCCGUCAGGGUCCGGCCCAUCGACGGAGCGGAGGAAAUCCUUCAAAUCUGGCUUCAGUGAUUUCUUCAAAAUCAAGACCCCAGAGGGUUCCAGGGAGAAUCUUGUGACUCUGGUUAGUGUUCUUCUCCAGAGUUUCAGGCAGUACAAACGCCUGGAGUUCAGGCCCAGCUCCAGAAUCAAGGAGAGCCUCGUGGAGAUGGGCUUCGAGGAGAAGAAGGUAGUGGAGACCCUGAAAAUAACGGGAAAUAAUCAAAACAGCGCCUGCGAGUGGCUUCUUGGGGCCAGGAGACGGAGUCUCCAGGAUCUCGAUGAGGGGCUCGAUGAGACUGGGCCAAUUUAUCAGGCUAUCAUGAUGAAUCCACACAUACAGUUGAGCUUGACUAAUCCAAAGAUGAUGAUGGCUUAUUUGUCGAUUUUGGAGACACCAUCGUCUACCAGUAUUUGGAUCAAUGAUCCUGAGGUAUCGCCGGUGUUGAGUCAAAUUUUUAAGACUUAUCACUCGGAGAAACAUGUGAUUCAUAUGAAUCGGUAUGAAAAUAGCUAGCGAAGGGGUGAGGAUGUUGGAUGGGACAAUGGGGAUCUUGAUAGGAUUUGGGAUGGUGAAGAUAUUGAGGAAUUUAUGGGCGAUGGUGAGGCCAGGGGAUUGGGUAACGGCAGGAGGUGGGAUACAUUUCGCAGGUCCAGCAUCUGGGGUAGGCGAGUUGGGUGGAUAACUAGGGGAUGAAGCUGACAUAUUUUCUUACGAAUUUUGGAGGAGAAUCUGGUCUAGGAUUGCCCAGUUCAAUCGAAAUAGAUCAAUAGUAGAGAUUAAAAAUUAAGAAUUUAUUGCUUAUCGCAAUGUUGAAAGUUGAUGCUAUUAUAUGAAAAUUAGAUAAAUUGAUUGCUUGUUAAACGUCGAUGUGAAGAAUAUUGUGAAGAAUAUUGUACGGUAUUGAUUAAUACAUUUUUUUAGGAAUGAGGAGAGGAUUUUCGAAGGGCAACACGAGUUUUCGUGUUGCAUGAAAAUUCAGGGCUUUCUGUUUUUACUGGAUUGAUUGCAUUGAUUUAUCAGAUUUUCCGUUUGCGUGAUUGAGGGAGUGUCUGGGGUGGAAAUGGAGUCGGGGAUUUGAUUGUGCUUCGAGGCUUUCAUAUACGUUCGAUAUUUUGGUUGACAGGGAGAAUUUUAUUUCCGAUUGAAUAAUUUUCUGGGUAAUAUGCACCGGGAGGAUUAUAAAAAUUACGAUCUCAAAUGAAAGUAGAAAUAUCGAUUAGUGGAAGAAUUGUUCUUUUUCUGAAGCGAAACUGUAAUUUUUUAUUAUUUCUCUUUUAUUUGUAAAAAUUCUCCGUGCAGAGACGCACAUUAAAAGAUGUUACUCACUUGUAUCGAAAUUGUAGAGAUGAAUUUAGAAAGUGAAAGAAAAAAUAAAAUAUUUUUCCCAUGA